AUGUCACUGUCAACUACAGCAUAUGUCAACAUCGGAAUUGCAGUCCUCUUUAUGACCAUAGCCCUUUUGGUUCACAUAUCAGCGGCUGCGUUUGCCUUCCCUAAGAGAGUCCAUGUAGCCUGGGCUAAAUUCGAUAUUUGUGCAGCGCCGUCACAAAAUCCGAGAUCUAUAAACUCAAAUGCAUCGUCCGAAUCUGCAGAUGACUCUUCGAGAUCAAAGUCUUUGAAGGAUCCAUUAUUGGAUUUGCAUGAUGAGGCAAAGAGAGCGACUGCUAGACGAACGUCUGGGACGUCGUGUAUAAGUCUGCAGCGAUUAGCGGUUAGAAGUUGGUUACGAGCAGUUGUAAAAGGUGUGGACCUGGUGGAGCUAGUAGGAGCAACAACAUUAGUGGUUAGAAGUUGA